UGGCGAUGAAGCUUUAAGCGUGACCAAUUAUUUUACGCUUUUAUAAAACUACCAGUGAUCAUUUUUAAAUAAUAAAGCUGUUGCCUUGAAAAAAGUAUCAAAUGUAACUCAACGAUACAUAAAAGUGUUUUCUCAAAACUGCAGAAGUGAUGAAAAUGGAUUUAAAAAUUACCUGAACAGAUAUGAACAACGGCCAUCUUAUAUUAUCACGUGAUAAACAUUUUCCAUAUUUUUUAACAGACUGCACUUGAUCACUUACCUUGAUUAUAAAUAUAUUGAUUAUUUAACAAUGGAGUAUGAUAGAAAAGUAUUUUCAUCAAAUAUCACCCGAUCUAACAAUAUUUCAAAGAAUAAUUUGUUUGAUUUACUUAAAAUUGAUCCUGUUCAACCUUCUCCACAAAAGAUUAAUAAAAUUCUUAUACGUAAUAAUUGUGACUUUGCGGCAAAAAGCGAUAAAUGUUAUGUAACAAAGAAGAAAAAUGGUCAAAAAGUCCGCACGGUUCGAGAUAUUCGAAAUACUUAUGAGAAAGACGUUUAUAGUUAUUUGCCAUCUGAAUUAGAGAAACAAAAAAAUAUUUUGUUGCGUAAGAUACGAUAUGGGACUUCCAAGGACGAAAAAACUAGAGAACUUGCUAUUAACAUAUUAAAAAGUAAUAAUCCUAUGUCAAAAUCAGCUUGGCAAAUGUUAAUGAAUAUAAAUCCAGAAGAACAGAUAUUUGCCUCCCAAUAUAUUCUUUGGAAAGGAAAGUGUAUUCAAGUAAAUGGCAGUAAAGGAGGUCAACACAAGUUCAUUUGCAAUUUCGAUGUUGGUAAAUAUAAACUGACUUCUCAGAAAAAGUCAGAUGCAAAAAGUACUAUUUUAAAUAGAAAAAGAAAACUUUUGCACCAUUCGCUAAAUGUUAAAUUUAAGCCAGGUCCGUUGACGAAGAAAAAAGAUUUAGAUGUCUCAUAUCACAAAUAUCAGUUUGGUGAAAUUGAAUUAAUUGAUUUACCUAAAACUGGUUUAGAAGUGGAAACCUCAUAUGGCAAACCAUUGGCACCAGUAAUUGAAACAUUUAUUAACAAAUCAGUUUUUCUAAAUGAUGGCUUCAUAACAUCAAAAUGGGCAAAGUUUGCGUUAUCGGUUUUAGGCAAAAAUAAAAAUGGCAUUGCAAGUAAAAAUGAAAUCAGCGAUGAUUCUUGUGUGACCUUUGAUUUAAGUUACAAAUGUUUUCAAAAUAGAUUACUGAUGCGUCGUAAUGGUGAUACUGUCAAUAAGAGUUUUUAUCACGACUCUACAACAAGUAGCUCCCCACGAAAAGAUUUAAUGACAUUCUCUGAUAUAAAAACAAUUUUGGACAAUGUUAUUAAUGCUGUAGAUAUAAGCUUAAAACAAGAUGACAUGUACACUGGAGAGGACGAACCUCGCGAAACAAUAACAUACAAAACUUUAAACACAAAUACUUACUCAAAUAGCAAAAGCAAACGUAAUGGGGAGUUGAGUAGACUUGAUGUCACCGUUAUAACGAUUCCCGAGACCACUGAAUCUAACAAAACUGUAAUGUGUGAGAAGGAUUGCUGUACUUUAGGAUGUAUUUGUGAUUCUCUAAAAUGUUCUUAUAAUUUAAAAAACCAUUGUGGGCGAAUCGAAUGUAUGUUCAACUGUAAGUGUGAUUUUUCUAAAUAUAAAUAUAUGAAUUCAUUUGAUAACGAAGAUUGUUCAGAUAUAAUCCCUGGUUUAAUCAACUUUGAUAAUACAUUAGGAAAAACGUUAGCCAAAGAGGAACAUAAAUUUCACCAAACAGUCAUAGUAACGAGUGAUAAAACUAUUUUAUUGAAGUCUGACAGAAGGAACUGGAAAACCUCAAAAAAGUAUGCAGAUUUUUAUAGUAAUAUGCGCUUAAAAACUGAGCGCAACAAAACUUUAAUGCCGUCUAUAGUUUGCCCAAACUUAGAUUGUAAAAGUGUAGAGCCAUUGUGCAUGGUGCAUAAUUUAUAUAAGUGUUUUUGUAAAGGUAAAUUCACAGAAACUUGUUGGACAGAGUUGGAAGAAAAGAAAACAAUCGAUAAUGACAUUGCAAUAUCAGCAUUAAUCACCCCAACCUUUGAUACCCUUAAUAUGUUGAGCGAUGAAGUAAUUGACAAUAUCGAUUUAACUAAGGAGGUAAACACUACUAAACAACACCGGUUCCGACAAGACUUACGAUCCCAUAAAGACAGUAAAAAUUAUAAUGCUGUAAAGGAGAGUUGUUUUUCUUCUGAUAUUAUUAAUAGAUCGACCUGCGCUAGAGUUAAACCCUAUGGUGGUAGAAAAUAUAGUGACGAAUAUUAUAACAGUACCCAUAAAAAAGUUUUAGAAAUGGAGAAGAACGAUACGAGUUUACGUAGAAAAAUUCUACAUUUAAUCAAUAUUGAAGAUUUUGAUAGAAAUGAGAUAAUAAAUGUAGAACAUGAAACGCCUUCAACUUUAAAAGAAUUACUAAGUAAUGUAAUUGAGCACAGUACUACUGAGGGCAAUGUGAAGAAAAUUUGCGAUCGCUUGCCAGUUAAAACAAAGUUAGUAGCUUGGCUUGAAACAAGUUAUAAGCAAUAUAAACAGCGAGCUGACAAAGGUUUAAUUAAAUUUUCUUUAGAUCCACCAAGAACGGGAAGACUAUCUUUAUAUUCUUGGGAGUUUAUAUUGAGUAGGUAUCGAGAACGAAAAAAUUAUUUUCUUAUUUCCAAACAAAAACCUUUUCGAAUUUAUAUGGCCAUAGAUGCACAAAAUGAUUCUUUUGAGAACUGUACCAAUAUAAGUGAUAUUAAUUUAUCUGACAUAGAUAAAUAUCCUGUAACUAUCAAAAAUUUGCUAACAAAUGCAACAGACCUUGAAGAACAUUUUUGUAUUUUAUAUGGAUUAUCAAGUUGCUGGGAACUUAUAGGCUCAGUGACUAAGGUAAAUGAAAACCAACCUACACUUCAGGAAGAAAAUCAAACUGAUAAUUUUGAGAUUGCUGACGAAAAACUUUCAGUGUUGAAUACAUCUUAUGACGAAUACAAUCUAGAAAAUUCGCCUACGGUUGUACAUAACAGUACAACUGAAUUGGAACAGAGAUCUAGUAAUGAAGUGCCGGUAGACAACGCUGCACAAUCUGAAAUAAUAAUAUCUAAAUGGUUUGUUAUGAAAGUUGAAAAUGAUUUUACUGAAAUUCAAUUCUUCAGGAAAGGGUUUUUUGUUAAAUAUGAAAGUGUCAUUAAAGCUAUCAAUGUGGCAAGAGUUUCCGGUAAAACAGUCAGGCUUUCAUCACAGAAAUGUUCCAAUGAUCAAAACGAUCCUCAAUUCGGCAUUUAUGCAAUACCCCGUGAAGAUGAUUGUUGUGUUUUUAUAGGACCUUACGAAAAAGAUGAAAGCUUAGGUAUAGAAGCUAUUAAAAAAGUACAGAACAUCGAUACGGUUAUUCCUAAAUUUCUUACUAGAGGUAUCUGGAUAACAACUAAUAAAAUUGAUAAUGCAAAAGUUAUUGAUAACCCAUUACAAUUUAUACCACCAGCUUGUUUAAACAAUAACAGAAUGGUGACAUUAGACAGCGACUCUACAGUACAGUAUAAUGUUAUUACUAAUGAUAUAGCAUCUAGUCUUCAGACGGAAGUUCCUAUUACGAAUAAAGCUACUGAAACUAACAUUAAACAGGUUAAACCUAUCAAGAUUCGAAAGACCAAUGGAUUUUAUCAUCUUACCCCAAAUGGUUGCUUAAAACCCAUUCAAUCUUCUAAAAAGAGUAACAAAAGAUCUUUACUGAUUAAUACAACCAUUAGUAAUUUAAAGGGUUCUUUGUUGUCGACGAAGUUUAAGCAAAGAUUUGCAUCUAAACGUAUCUCCAGUAGUAAAGCUGCCUUAGGCACAAAACCAAUCGCAGAAAUUUUCCCGCAGAUCAAAAGUAAUGAUAAUAUACCUAAAAAACAAAAUACAACAUUGGAACGUGGUAUGUUUAUUUUGAAUCCAGAAGAAAUAAACAAGAGAUCUAAUGAAAAAAAUAAUGCGAGUGCACUGCCACAAACUAGUCAGCAACAAACUGUGACUUCACAUAUUAAAGAAGAAAUCUCGAUGGAUGUUGAAAACUUUCUGGAACCAUCGUCCGUUUGUACUCCAACAGAGGAUGAAAUAUAUGUUAUUUCUGAUGAGGAAAAUGAAACAAGCUCCUGUUCAAUGGAAGAACUUUGUGAAAAUGUAUGGAUAGCCUGCAAAAAUAUUAAAAGCCUUGGUUGGAUUGCAGGAAAAAAAAACAUAAAAAACUGCAUAAGUUUUGAAUUCCCAGGUUUCAAGUCUAGUACAUUUUAUCCAGAAUUUGAAGCGUUGAAAAAGAUUAGUCAAAUACUUGCUAGAAAAGUGUAUGUGCCAAAGCACAUUGAAUUACAAUGGCAAGUUGUAGAAUCGGAAGCGGAAAUUGAAUCCGUUAAUAAACUCGAGGAAAAAUACUUAGCUCCAGAUUAUAUUUUGACCACGAAUGGAAUAAAACAUAAAUUUGAAAUUAUGGGGUCACUGGAUGAGUUGACAAAAUCUGGUGAAUAUGAAGACGUUAAGGAUUAUCUGAAUGAAUCCCUGAAACAAAAAACGAAAAUUAUGAGCGAUCUUGAAGAAACCAGCAAAACCCUGGACGACGAAAGCUCGUUUCUCUGGGAUGAAACAAUUUCUAGGAAAGAUAAAAUAUUGGAGUCGUUAUCAGAAGCAUCCGAAGAGGUUCGAAAAAAUUUAACUGAACAAUUAAACUGCAUUAUAACUGACACUGAAAACUAAAAUAAGGGUAUAGUAACAGGAAUUCUGUCUGUGCUUAAUUUAAUUGUUGUUUUAUCUAAACCUACUAUGGUAAAUGUUUUGGAAAUGUUUCCUGUAUUAAAAGGUCUUUAAAGGGUGGAUCCAAGAUAGAUGAUAAAAAUAUCAUAAAAUAUUUUAUGUUUCUUCAGUUAUCGCAUUUGGAAUCGGAUGUUAAUAUUUUGUUGGAAUGUCAGGUCUCCAUUAGAUUACAAGUAGUUAAAUACCGAAAUUCGUUUCCCAGUGUAAUUUUUCUUAGCGUGAAAUUAUUUGAGCCAAUCAUACUAACUUUGUGAUCGGCUAUUGUUGUGUUCGCGUCACAUUACAAUGCGCUUGUACUAGCGAGAUAGCAAGAGUAAUAAAGCAAUAAGUAGUCGGUGUUAAAUUAGUCUUUUAAUAUGUCGAUGUAAUUUAUAAUAGUGAUAGUAUAGGAAAUGCUUAGUGUUUUAUCAUUCGGAAUAAUUCAAAUAUUGAUUGCUUUUGUCUUAUGAUAGUUCUUGGAGAUCGUCGUUAAUUGAAAAUUGGCAACAGUUUUGUAAUGACUGCGGCGCAGAGUGAGAUUUUUACAAAAGCAUGCGAAUUAUUGCGUUUUUUUUCCUAUUCACGCCUGUAUAAUAAUAAUAUUCAUAUUAAUUAGCUUAUAAAUCAUCAAGAGGCUAUAAACAGUCUGCCGACUAAAGGCCUCUCCCAAGAGGAGGGUUUGCGAAUAAACACCACGCUGGGCAGAUGGGUUUGUGAUAGCAGUAGAUGCAAUUAGUACCACAGAGAACGCUGCUGAUAUUACUCUGUUAUAUUCCCUUAGUCGCCUUGUACGACACCCUAGGGUAGAUGAGGGAUGAUGACAACUGUGUGUAGAUCUGCCGUCACACCACGGCAUAUAUAAUAAUAGCUAAUAUAAUCGGAUCUUUCACUUGUAAUAUUAUCCCCUGCGCAGGGCAUACCUCCAUCAGCGCCCUUUAUUACUUGAUACCUAGAUACAACAACAAUGAUUGUAGUAAUGGUUCCUACUACGCCGCUCCCCAACUAAGAUUUAGGUUAAGUUAUUUUUUUUAUUGUUAAAUAAAGACUGUUAAUUUGUAAUUAGUAAAUAGGUUUUCCUGCAAAGAGGUUUUCGAUUCCGAAAAUAAUACAGCUCUGCAAAGUAGAACUAGUACCUAGUUUGUUAUUUGGAAAAACCCAAAAAUAAUCCCUUUAUGUUUCAUUAAUGCCUGACCAGGAAAAUAAAAAACCUGUUCGGGGGGGCAUUUGGCAGAGUAAGUGUAUACAAAAAAUAGAUCUAUUUGUAUCCUUAACAUGGAGAGGUUUUUUAUUUUCCUAAUCAGGGCUUAAAAUUAAGAAAUCAUUGAAUAACCGUAAUCAUUACCACCUAACAGCGUAAUAUGAAGUAUUUUUUUCUGUUUUCAUUAGAAGUGAAUAAAAGGUCCCGUCAAACACAACAAAACUUUCAGAGGUAAAGCGUUUAUUACAACAGACCCAGCGAGGUUGCCCAGUUCGAACUUCUUAUGUAUAAAAUUAAACUAUUUCUGUAAUAUUCUGCGCGCGCAUCUGAUUUCAUAGCUUCAUAAGAGGUUUAAUAUUUUUGUGAUGUUGUAAUUUCUUGACUAGUUUUCUCCUACAAACAGGAAUACUCUGUCUGAUGUUUUGUUACACAUUUUACCAUCUAAGUUCUAGUUUUAUUUUGUUAUCGGAAAGAAGGAAAUCUGUGAUACGUACCAUUUGUUUUGGUUUCACAAAUCAAGCUGGUUUUAAUAUUAAGGCUUUAAAUAUAAAGUACUAGGUACAUUUAAACCACGUAUUCACUAGAUGUACCAUAAGUGUAGUGAGAAUAUGAUGUGCCAACUCGGAUGCCCGACAGGGCAACGAAUGUGUGUAUUACGAAAGAGGCUUUCGCCCCUUGCCCAAGAUGCCCAAGAUGAGUUGUACAGCGGUAUUUUGGAUUUGCUUUACAUCCGGUAUUCUUAAUGAUUACCGUACCGAAGUUGACUCAAUAUUUAUUUACUCAUAACACAUAUGGUUAUACAAUGGUGCAAAAACAGUUUUAUAUAAAUCUCUACAUAACACUGAAUUGACAGGCAGAGAGGUAUAAGCGGGUAGUGCUGCAAUUUUUAACCGUUUUCUUUUGGAAUAGUAUUUGUACCUACGAUUUUAUAGAGUUGAGUUUAAAGAUUUGUAUGCAACGUAAGUGGGCCAAUUGUAUAGGUUAAUUUUAAAAUUUUAGUUGCUUUAUUUUAGAGUAUCACAUUUAUUUCUAUAACGUUAAUAUGAUUGUAUGACACACAUUAAGUGCGGCAGGUAAGUACUUUUUACAAUGAGAGGUUUUGUGGUGGAGUCCCUUUUCUCUUAUUUAAAAAAACAAAUUGGUUGUCUGUAAACUGCUUGAUCGUUGCUAUAAACA